CCUAAAUGGACAUGCACCAGGCAGCAGGAGCAUGUGGCAGUGAUGGAAAUGCAAAGGUGAAGAAGAGCAUGAACUGCUAGAACCACGCUUGGUACUUACACCACAAAACCAGUGGAAAAAAACACGGCCAAGAGGAUGAGCAGAAAAGUAGACAGGUGCAGUUCCUGGUUCAGGGAGCUACAGUCUUCACACCCAGUUUCCAUUCAAAAAGCAAUUCGAGUUUUGGCAGCUCUUUGUGCUCUGGGACUACUUGGAGGUGUUACUAUAAGUGUGUGGUUCAUAGUCAAACUGCUCUUAAAGCCUACCUCAAAUAGUCCUACAGGGUUAGAGGACACCAAGGAGACUUCAUUCUGUAAUAUAUCAGAUGACAGCAGUGUGACUGACCCCAGGAAAGUGUUUUACAGAAUUAGUGCUGAGAACUCUUUGCUUGAGAUCCAGCUGGAGAAACUGCAAACGUGGCUGCCCGUGUGCUACGAGCGCUGGAACUCUUCAUUAGGCACCCUCGUGUGCCGACAACUGGGACAUCUGAGAUUAACCAAACACAAAGGUGUGAAUUUGACGGACAUUGGGCAAAGCUACACAGAUGGAUUUGUUCAAAUUACCUCAGAACAUCAAAGCAAAUUGGAACAUUUAUGGCAAUUCAGGGGAAGCUGCAGCACAGGGAAGAUUAUAGCUUUGAAAUGUUUUGUAGAUUGUGGCACCAGGGCAAAGAUACCCAGGAUAAUUGGUGGUGUAGAUGCCACACUAGGCAGAUGGCCAUGGCAAGUGAGUCUCUACUACAGCAAUCGUCACACCUGUGGAGGAUCCAUCAUAACAAGCCAGUGGAUCAUUACAGCUGCUCACUGUGUGUCCACCUACAGGCUGCAUCAGGUUUCCAGUUGGGUGGUCUACGCUGGGAUUGUUACUCGUAAUGCAGCUAAGUUGGCUCAGUAUAUGGGCUACACUGUGGAAAAAAUAAUCUACAAUAAGAAUUACAAUCACAGGAGUCAUGACAGUGAUAUUGCAUUGAUGAAGUUGAGGAAUCCUUUGAAUUUUUCAGACACCAUCAGGCCAGUAUGCCUACCACAGUAUGACCAUGAACUUCCAGGAGGGACACUGUGUUGGAUUUCUGGUUGGGGACACACACAGCCUGACAAUGUUCAUAUUCCUGAUACACUGAAAGAAGCUCAAGUGCCCUUGAUAAGCACAAAAAAAUGCAAUAGCUCUUGUAUGUAUAAUGGAGAGAUCACACCACGGAUGCUCUGUGCUGGCCAUACAGAGGGUAAUGUUGAUGCCUGUCAGGGAGACAGUGGAGGCCCACUGGUUUGCCAGGAUAAUAAUGUUUGGAGGCUGGUUGGAGUUGUUAGUUGGGGAACAGGCUGUGCAGAGCCUAAUCACCCGGGUGUAUACACAAAAGUGGCUGAGUUUUUAGGCUGGAUUUUUGAGAUAAUAGAGACUUACUAAGAACCUGAAUGAAAUUCUGCUAUAAAAGAGCAUAAUCUCCUGAGUUGCAUGUUCAAGAUAUUAUGGACAUUUUUGAGCUAUAUUUUUGUAAUACCGUCACCACUAUAAUGUCAUAUCCAUCAGGGAAAAUUCACAGCCAAGCCACCAGAGGGCCCCCUGCCCCAAAUUCUAGGAUACGUAUCUCUUGUCAUACAGUCAUUUCUGCUUCACAGACUAUUUCACUUGCCUAUUAUGUACAUCCAUAGCUGUUUCCUAUCUAUACCUUAUUGUGUUUCUGACCCUUGCUUAGUUUUGACUAUUCUUUGGAUUUUCCCUGCUAGUUUUGAUUUUGUGUAUGAUCUUGGCCUAUUUAACUUCUGAUUGUGGAUUGUUUCUCAGUAGCCCAUUUAGCUUUUUAUAAUAAACACUGUGUUGUGUAUGUUAAACAUAUUUAUAUUUAAUUAUUUUUUUUAGUUACUUCUUUAUUUUAGCAAGCCCUACAUCUCAAAGACUAUAUACACUCACCAUCCACUUUAUUAGGAACACCUGCACAUUCAUGCAGUUAUCUAAUCAGCUGAUUGUGUGUCAGCAGCACAAUGCAUAAAAUCAUGCAGAUACAGGUCAAGAGCUUCAGAUAUAGUUCACACAAAACAUCAGAAUGAAGAGAAAGUGUGAUCUCUGUGACUUUGAUCGUGGCAUGGAUAUUGGUACCAGUUGGGCUGGUCUGAGUAUUUCAGAAACUGCUGAUCUCCUGGGAUUUUCACACACAACAGUCUCUAGAGUUUACACAGAAUGGUGUGAAAAACAAAAAACAUGAGAAACGCCUUGUUGCCUUGUAGGUGGAAAUGAGGAAAAUGGCCAGAUUUGUUCAAGCUGCCAGGAAGAAUAUAAUUCAAAUAUCACUCUUUACAACCAUGCAGAAAAGCAUCUCAUCAUGCACAAAAGUUUGACCCUUGCGGUGGAUGGGCUACAACAGCAGAAGACUACAUCAGGUUCCACUCCUGUCAGCCAAGGACAAGAAUCUGAGGCUAUCAUGGGCACAGACUCACCCAAACUGGGCACAAAAUUAUAAGA